CCGCGUUCAAUUGCAAAAAUCCUAGCACCGCUUGAAGAACGAACGCAUAAUCUAACAAAAAGAUGGAGUAAUAAACUAGUUUUAUUGAUAAUUUACGCGAUAUGGAUAAUAGCUAAUGCACUCCUUGUAAAAUAUUCUUGGUAUGAAGCAUCAACUAGUUUAGGUAACCCGAAAACACUAUCUUGCACGGAAUCAUUUUGGAAGAGAUUAGACGGUUGUGGACUAGAUGGACUCUCUUGUGGACCAUUCGAAUCUUCAUCAAUCCCAUUCAGAUGUCCAAGGGGAUGUGAUUCAACAACAUUAGCUAAUAAGAGAACCAUUGGUCUAAAUGAGCCGAAUGGGGUAACUUUAGUAAUUGGUGGCGGCGAUUCAAAAGUCUAUAGAGCUGAUUCAUGGAUAUGUUCCUCUGCAUAUCAUUCUGGCUACAUCAGUAAAUUUAAAGGUGGUUGUGGUGCAGUACGUCAGAUAGGUCAACAUACGUCAUUUCAAAGUUCAGAUGAAAAUGGUAUAAGCUCAGUAGAUUUUCCAUCUUCUUUUCCAUCUUCUUACAUCUUCGACAAUGAUAACAUUGAUUCAUCUCAUUGUGAAGAUCUAAGGAUGCCAAUUCUAGCAUUCAAUAUUGUCAUGUCAGCACUGGUAUCUCUGUUACUAUCACCCUCACCAUUACUUUAUUAUUGGACACUUAUUUGCUUAGGAUAUUGGAAUAAUGAAUUAGCAUCUGAACCACGUUCACUUCCACCUGAUCUUGAAGGUGGUUUUAAAGAUUUCUUACCUACUCUAUUUGUGGCUUAUUGUCUCUGGAGGUUAGCCAUCAGAUUUUGUUUACCUUUUUGGCAAAAAAUGCCCGUUGAAAGAACGAUCCUUACGUUAGUACCAUUUUGGUUAGGCUUAUUAGUUACAGUACUUGGUGAUAGUCCACUAGAUAGAUUGUAUGGACCUGAUAUUGCAGAACAUCCGGAAGCUAUAGUAACUAUCGUAAUAGUCGUGAUUGUCAUCGUCAUUCUUGGAUUUAAUCAAGCACGCGUUUUUAGAAAAUAUGGAAAGUUUUGGACGUAUAUUAAGUGGUAUUUCUUGCUUGGAUUAUUUGUAAUCAUGCCAGCCUGUUUAUUACCAGAACUUUCAUUUAGAUUACAUCAUUACAUCCUGGCACUACUUCUUUUACCGCUUACAGCGUUACCUACCAGAGUUUCAUUGAUAUGUCAAUGGUUCCUGAUAGGUUUAUUAUUGAAUGGUGUUGCUCGAUGGGGCAUGGAUUCGAUCCUACAGACUGCCGAUAGCUUGAGAAGAGAUGCUGCGCUGGGCAGUCUUUUACCAAGCUUUUCAGGAUUGGACAACAGUACUAUUUUUUGGAAUGAUAUACCUGCAAAUGCUGAUUGGGAUGGUUUUAAAUUGCUUAUCAAUGACGUACUGAAACUAAGUGCUAAUAGCUCAACUCUUUCUUACAGAUUAGAAGAUACUGACACAGACAUACCAUAUUAUGCUCGCUUAGCAUAUUCAAAUGGAAAUGAAGCUGGAGAUUUUACUAAAGCCGCAACUAUUUGGCUUAAUAAUAGUACAUUUAUUCCGCCAAGACCGGGAUCAUCUUGAAUUUUUUGUUGUAUUUUUUUAUCUAAUUAAUAUUAUUCUCUAAUCUU